UAAUAUUUCAUUACUCAUUAUUACAAUAUUUUUAGCCUCAUUAAAUCAAUAAAUUUAAGUAAUCAUGAUGAAAUUUAUUAUCACUUCAAUUCUAUUAUUUUACGCAAUUCUAAAGGAUUUAAUUUGGACACCGAUUACUUUGGAAAGAAUCGAUACUUGUUGGGGUUACAAAAUUUUAAUUAACUUCGUUUUCGUGACUUUAUCCAUUAUUUGUUUAGUUUUAUAUCAAUUGUGUAUAAGUCCUUUUAUUUUGUUUAAAUUUUUCGUUCACAUUCAUUUAAAAGCGACUCAUGGAUCGUUAUACGGCGGGAUGCUCGAUGGGCAUUCCGCGAUUUUCGAAGCUUACGAUCAUAAAAAAAUGGGGAUCGUUACGAUGAUGAUUGUUUUUAUUCACGGGAGAUAUCACGAUUUUUAUAAGCUUCUUAAAUUAACUAUUGACCGGAUGUGUAUUGAGAACCAAAAAUUAUCGAGUAAAGUGUGCGUUUGUUGGGGUUAUCAAUAUUAUUUGGACGAACAUUUUACUUCUAAAGAUAUAUUACGCGAUAUGAGCGUGAGUGGAUGCAAGUAUAUCACCAGAAAUAAAUUAAUGGAUUAUUUAGAAAGUUAUAAUAUAGUUUCUGAUAAUUUAUGGGAAAUUGUGAUUUUUAAGCAACCCAUUGCAUGGGAUUUUAAAGUUGCUCAUCGAUCCUUCGGGAUAAUGUUGAGAGUUAAUCAUUGCUUAGUGGACGGUUAUCAUUUAAUCGGUUUGUUACAAAAGUAUUUGUUCGAUUAUAAAUAUACUCCGAUUCGAUGUAUUUCGUGUGGGUGUAAAAACACUAAAUUAAAUCUUGAUGAAGCUUACAUUCUUGAUAACCCCAUAAAAUUUUUAGCGUCGCCAAACAUCGUUUUGAGAACGUGGCCCCGCCAAUUUGUAACCACUUACAUUGAAGGGUCGGUUAAAUAUGUACCUAUUAUAAAACAAAUCAAAAGAUACACUCACGUGACGUUCUCGAUCGUAUUAAUAGCGGGGAUUUAUUCCGCCAUUGCCGAUUUUAUGAAAGAAAAAUGUUGUGGCUGGGAUAGGAUUGAUAUCUUCCAUAACGUUCGCGCAAAUCUUUCGGAAACCGAAGAAAUUUUGAAAGGAAAUUAUAAAUGCGAAUUAAAAAAUUGCUACACAACACUUUCCGUUGUUUUAGCGUUAAAGAAAAAACAUUCAUCGUUCUUGAAUAUCGUUAAAUAUGUUAAUCAAGAAUAUAGAUAUAGUAGAGAAUCAAUGGGGGAACAAUUAGUGGAAUUUUUAGCUCAUUAUGUAUGGAACUAUUUACCUAUUCCGUUGAUUAAGAAACCAUAUGAAUACGAUUGUUUUACAAGGAACAUAGUACAUUUUUCAAAUAUGCUUGAAAUUAAAGAGGAGAGCAUAUUUGGAAAUACAAUUGUUGAUGUUUUUAGUUUUAUGCCAUUAUUUUGUAGUAAAGGAAUGAUUUUAUCAAUACUCACCUACAAUGGUCUAUUAAAAAUGACAUUGGCUGCAAGAGAAGGUAUAAUAUCAAGUAGAUCAGAGCUAAAAUCAAUUAUGAAAGGAACAAUUAAUUUCAUCGAUAAUUUGGCAAAAGAAUUGAUGAUAAUCGACGAAAAGAAAUGAUUGUUUUCUAUGUCUUUAAUAAAGUUUCAUCAUGAAUUA